AUGUUAACAACCGCCAAAAGAGCAAUCGCUGCGCUAUCGACCGAUAUCCUCCCCACUGCUUUGUGUCAACCCACGGAUUACAUCUCUCAAAUCAAAGCAAGCAAAGACCAGCAUGUGACCGCUGAAGCCUUGCGAAAUAUGAUAAACUUAGAGGGAGCGGGAAAUUGGCCUCCAAAUGCGUCCCAUAGAAACUCAUGGCCCACAGUCCUUCGUCCGUACCAUGAUAUCUUCCUCGAACUCGCGCCACUGCUACCAAGCGUUAAUGCUUGCGCUGACGUUACCAUUAACCAAAUUCGCCGGGAAGAAUACCGAAUGAGAUUACAAAAGCUCUUGCAAGACCGCGUGGACCUUGCAGCAAUCGAGUCUCUUCUAUUGAGCUCCAAAGCCAAUGGAAACCCUCCGCUGUCAAGAGAUGCCUGUAAUGGUUUCUUCGCCUGUAUUGGGUAUCUACGUCAUGGAUUCAGAUGGGCCACGGUACCCAUUGUAAAGGUGGCACAAGAGGAGAAAAUUAUCGACUUUCCACCCGAGCUGAAUAUCCCAUGGGACUUCCUACGCCGAAAAUAUGGCGUAAAAUCCCCAGGAGGGAACAUUACGUCUAAUUUCCACUGCAAUUUCGAUGCAAAUGAGCAACUCGUCUACCAGGUCAACAGCGGCAUGCCUGAGCCAGUUCCCUCAGCUGAAUACCAUUUUGCGCAGUCAUUCAGGAAAACAGAGAAACAGUCACUACCUGUAUACUACCAUUUGGUGCAAUCGAUUAUCUCGUUCGACAACGGUCAAAUCCGAGACUGUAAUGAACACCUCAGGGCACUCAAUGAAUAUCUUCGGUCAGCCAUACGAGUGUACUAUAACCAGACAGUCUCCUCGAAGAUCCCGCAUAGUAUAUUUGUGCCCUAUCUACAGGGUUUCCAUGGCUGGGCGGCCGGCGACGUAGCAGAUGGACAUUACACUGAGUAUGACGGGUUAUCUGGGGGUCAUUUGAUUUUAUUCAACUUGUUGGAUUUGUUUCUUGGACUGAAUACAUUUCUUCCAGAGGAAGAUUUCGUGAAAUAUGUUCCGGCCCGACAGAGAGAGUUUCUUCAAUCUGUCAAGAACCAUGCGUUCAGGGCGAGAGCUAAGGAGGAAGGCAAGGUUGAGUUGGAGAAACAGUUCAACGGCAUUGCUUCACAGAUGCGGAUCUUCCGGUCUGCUCACAGGAAACGGACACGACAAUACCUCAGCAACGAUCGACCUGAACGAAAGCCGAUGACUGCUGGUGGGUCGACCAUGAACACGAAAGAUGUUGUGGAAUUUGUUGAUGAGAGCUUGAAGACCAAGAUGAAAGAUACUGUUUAA